ACCCAACUUCAACGGGCAGAACAUACGAUUCGUUGCCAGUGUUGUCAGCUGGGAGCUUGUCAGCUCUUGUCAACCAGUGGAUUCCCGUUGCGUCGCCAUAGUGCGUGCCGUCAAGCUUGUUGGCUGUCGGCUUAUAUCACACAUUACCUGCGACUAUUCCGUUCUGGGGGUGUAGGGCGCCAUGGUGUGGUGCAGCUACUGCGGCCGCGAUCAGCAGGCGGAGGUCGACGAGGCCAAUGGCUUCUCCUGCUGCACGGGGUGUGGUCGAGUGCUGGAUGAUACAGUCUACUCGUCCGAUACAGUCUUUAUGAAACAAUCCGAUGGCUCUAGCAUGGCAAUGGGAAGCUUCGUGGCAGAUGCAGGAGGGGGUCCCGUGGUGCGGCUGGGGGGAGCGAGGGGGUUUGCCUUCGGAGGCUCGUCAGAGUCACACGAGCGCACGCUCAUGAGAGGUCGCAACGAGAUUGCGGAGAUUGCUGAGCGCUUGGCUGUGCGGCCACGAGAGGACAUGAUAGGGGCAGCACACAGACUUUACCAGUUGGCUUUGAAUCGCAACUUCACUCGAGGUCGACGAGUGGCACAAGUCGCUGCUGCCUGCCUCUACCUCGCCUGCAGGCAGGAGAAGAAGCCGUUCCUGCUCAUAGACUUUGCUGACUUGCUGCAGAUCAACGUCUAUGUCCUGGGGGCGGUGUACCUGCAGCUGCUGCUGGUGCUGCGACUAGAGAACCACGAGCCGCUACAAGCUCCGCUGGACCCCUCCCUGUUUAUCCACCGAUUUGCCGACGGCCUCAACUUCGGUCGCAAGAUGCAUGGAGUGGCCAACACUGCUCUGCGUCUCGUUGCGUCCAUGAAGCGAGACUGGAUCCAGACGGGUCGCAAGCCCAAUGGGAUAUGCGGGGCGGCGCUGCUGAUAGCGGCUCACAUUCACGGCUUCGAGCGGUCCAAGUCUGAUGUGGUGGCAGUGGUGCAUGUGUGUGAGCAGACCGUGCGGCAUCGGCUGCACGAAAUCGAAGACACAGAAGCAGGCAGGCUCACUCCCGAGGAAUUUGAAGAGAAGGCCAAGGAGUGGGAAGAGCUCCUGUUCUCCACACAGCCGCCCACCCCUGCCCUACCCGUAGCAGCCUCCGCCCUUGCUGCCAAGAGUAAAAAGGGCAAGGCAGCCGCAGGAGGAGCAGCAGGAGAAGGGGCAAGGGGGGGGGAAGGGGGUGUCAGCAUAAAGACGCGGGGGCGGCUCAUUUCGCCCAUGGGCUGUGCAGGCCGUGCUAUGACAUGGGUACAGUGCGGUGUAGUGCAGUAUGACACGCUGGCAAGGACAAGUGGGGGGCUGGUGGGGGGAGCCAACCCCCCUGCGUGGGGCCGGGGGGAGAGGGAGAAGCGCAAGCUUGAGCUGCGGAAGAGGAAGAGCAAGCUCACUGUGUACAGCGUAUUUGGACAGGACGAGAGGGAGGCGGAGGAGGAGGGGGAGGAGGAGGAGUGGGGUAGGAUGCUAGCAAAGGGGCAGAGGGGGAAGGGCGGAGUGGGAGGGGCAGCGAUGUCAGCAGAUGCGGGGCUGGUUCAUACGAAAGGGGGAGAAAAGGCAGGGAAGGGGCGGACGGAGGGGAUGUCCAAGCGAGAGAGAGCGCGGCUGAGGAUUCAGAAGGACCUAGACGCAGCUCUCCACCGAGCCGAAAUCGCCCCCCUCGCCAUCCACACCCUUCCAGACUCCCUGGGCCCUGCUGAACCAGACGCGUUACGCUCGGCCAUACCUGACGGCCUAGGUUCGGCAGGCAUGGAUCCGAGCCUGGUAGAUGAUCCGGACCUGGUUUUUUCGGCUGGGGAAGGGGGUGUGAUGGGGGGUGGAGGGGGCUUUGGGGGAGGCGUUGGGGAGAUUCGGGAGGAGGAGCAAGAAGGGGUGGAGGAUGAGGAGGAGGAGAAGGAGGAGGAGGAGGAGGAAGAAGAGGAGGAUACUCUGUCAGACAUCGAGGAUCAUGAGGUGGAUGGGUACCUGCUAGGGGAGGAGGAGGUCAAAUUGAAGACCCUCAUCUGGACGGAGAUGAACAAGGACUAUCUGGAGGAGCAGGAGCAGAAGCGGGCGGCGCAGCAAGCAGCAGAGGACCAGGUGGCUGCAGUGGCAGCGGCAGCAGCUGCAGCAGCCAGCAAGUGCGGCGCUGGGACGUCUGCUCGUGCUGCUGCCGCUGCUGCUGCCGCGGCUGCAGUGCUGCAAAAGGGUGGGCUGGAUCGCAAGCGGAGGCGCAAGGAUGAGUCAGCAUUGGGCCCUGCCCAGUCAGCAGCGGAAGCUGCCAAGAGGGUUCUAGAUAAGAAGAGCUCAGCACAUGUCAAUAUGGAGGCACUCGGACAGCUCUUCUCCGAUGGUGCUGCUGCUCCUGCUGCGGCUGCUGCUGCUGCUGCUGCUGCUGCUGGGACGGAUGCUGCAGGAAAGGACAGGCCGAAGAAGCAGCAGCACGUGCGGUGGGCCGAUGAAGCGGCAGCUGCUGCUGCUGCUGCUGGGACGGAUGCUGCAGGUGUUGCAGCUGCUGCUGACGCAGUGGCAGCAGGGGCAGAGAAUGGUCCACUGGCAGGUGGGUAUCCUGGCACAGUAGCAGGGGGCUAUGAGGGCACAGAAGCAGGCUCGGAGGGAGUAGAGCCCUGGGGCGAUGAUGGUGCGCUGGGGGGGUAUGGUGAUGAGUCAGCUGCGUAUGAUGCUGACUCAGCAGGGCACGGGGGAGAAGGGACAGAACCAGGGGACGGCCUGGGGCACACGGUAGGGCGUAGCGGCACUGGUCUUGACGGUGGGGUGGGUGGUGAUGGUCAGGUGGGAGGAGAUGGUGGGGUGGGAGGAGUAGAUGCCAGGCUGGAUGGUGAUGCUGGUGUGGAGGGACAGAAUGGGGGGGGAGAGGGAGGGUACCCUGAUGCUGUUGAUGGGGAUGAGGCAGAGUACCAUGAUGUGAAUGGGGUGCAGCAGUACCUCCAUGUGGAAGGGAGUGAGGAGCACUAUAACGCGGAUGGGGCAGGGGAAGCAGUGUGGGGGGCAGGUGAGGAGGGGGGGACUCAGCUGUAUGGUGCGGAUGGUGUAGAUCCCGAUGACCAGUACAUGUUCUAUUGAGUAUCGAUUUAUGAGCAACUUCAAAACGUUUGAAGGAACAAUAUUUUGUAGUCAUCUGAAGAGGGGCCAGCUCAGCUGUACAAUACAAUCCCACUGGUAUACCUGGUAACUGGUAUAUGCUCUGUUGAGGAAGUCAUUGCAUUGCGUUGGUAGUCAUGCCAGAGCACAUGCAAAGUUCAAUCAUGGAAUGGAAUACACUUAUUACGAUAUUACUUUGUUCUGAUAU